UGCGUCGACUGCGAGAUGAAGAACCCGCAGUGGGCAUCGGUCUCCUACGGCAUCUUCAUGUGCCUGGAGUGCAGCGGCAAGCACCGCGGCCUGGGCGUGCAUAUCAGCUUUGUCAGGUCUGUCACCAUGGAUGCCUGGAACCCCGACCAGCUGCGCCGCAUGCAGCUGGGCGGCAACGACAAGCUGAACAAGUUUCUGGAGCAGUACGGCGUGGCCAAGGCCGUGGAGAUACGGGAGAAGUACAACAGCAAGGCGGCG